AUGUCUGAGCAGGGCCCGAAAGGCCGGCUGGCCGGUAAGACGGCGAUCGUGACAGGUGCGGCCAGCGGCUUCGGGGCUGCGAUCGCAACCAUCUUCGCCAACGAAGGCGCCCUGGUGCUGGCAGCCGACAUCAACACGGCCGGCGGCGAGGCCAUCGUGGCCAAACACCCGAACCUGCACUUCUUCAAGCUCAACGUGACGCUGGAGUCGGAGUGGCAGGCGGCGCUGGACUGCGUGCUGUCGAGAUGGGGCAAGAUCGAUAUCCUGGUCAACAACGCCGGCACCAGCCACCGCAACCAGCCGGCGCUCGACGUGACCAAGGCCGACUUUGAGCGGUGCAUCGCCGUCAACGUCGACAGCGUCUUCCACAGCGUCAAGGUCGUGGUGAGGAAGAUGGUCGAACAGGGUACCGGCGGCUCGGUCAUCAAUAUCUCCAGCAUUGGGAGUGUGAGGCCGAGGCCGGGACUGGUCUGGUAUAAUGCGACCAAAGGGGCAGUUUCGAAUGCUACGAAAGGACUCGCAGCAGAAUUCGGUCCGCACAAGAUCCGAUUUAACUGUAUAUGUCCGCUGCUGUCUGGCACGGGUCUGUUUGAGACUUUCGUCGGGGUACCAGACACGCCAGAGAACCGCCAGAAAUUCAUUGGCAAUGUUCCGCUGGGACGACUGACGGACGUAAACGACAUUGGCUACGCCGCCUUGUAUCUGGCGAGCGACGAGAGUGCGUUCGUCACAGGGAUUAAUAUGGAGGUGGACGGUGGGAGAGGGGUUUAA